AUGGUUGCGCCCGCUGUUCCAGAGAUUCAUGAGGAGGAGGAGCUAUUUGUCGCAGUAGAAGCGAGAACAGAAUCGCUACAGAGCUUGCGGGAACUCGGCCCUCCGGAUCUGGUUUACUUGGUGAAACAACCCAAGGCUAAUUCGACCCGUCAAACCGGCGUCUACCAUCACGUCACCGGAAUCGAUGCUUCUUCGUCCGCCAGUCUAGCCGCCUAUGUCAACACUCUCACAUUCUCUCCGCUCGACAAGACGCAUAAAGUUGUCUCGGGAAUAUACUGCUGUUACAAUGCUUUUUCACAUCUCGAUAUGCGGGUCGAGGUCAAGAUUCCGGGCAGUCUGGAAGCCUACUGCAUCGACGAACACGGAGAAAAGCGAAUGGCUACAGAUGCGCUUUGGUUGGAAACUUUUCUAUGUGCGGUUCUGAGGGCAUAUCUGUACGCUGAUGACGGCAGCGGAGAUGCGAUCAAGAAGAUCGUCGGCGUCCGAAGAUUUAAUCCAGUGACCAACACCGAGAUGGAGCACAAGUUCUUGGAUGCUGCCGAGAAACUUUUCUUUCUAGGCCGUCAGCUUAGCUCUGAUCCUGAGACACAGGUUCCCAACACCGUCAGCAACCAUUUGACAUCGGGUGUCUUGAAAUACAUCUAUACGACCGGCCGAUAUACGUCAGGAAUCAACCUUUUCGAGAAGCUUCGCACGCGUGAUGUCGAGGUCUCGUCUCUCCUCGCGCGUGUGCAGAUAAUGGCAGACGAGGAAGUCCAAGCUGUGCGGUUGAUGUACGAUGCCCUGCAGGAUGUUCCAAUGGAUUAUGCCCUGCUCGAUAGUCAAGCAGCUUUUUGCCAGAGCAAAGGCGAAGGCGAGAUGGCUCUUGAAUGCGCCAAGCGUGCUGUGACCGCGGCGCCCAGCGAAUUCACUACCUGGGCUCGCCUGGCUGAAGUCUAUAUCAGCUUGGAACAAUGGGAUUUGGCGCUCUUGACCUUGAAUUCAUGCCCAAUGUUCACAUACCAAGACAAAGAUACGCCACGAAUGCCACAGCCGUCACGAAUCAUGCUUCCCAUCCUGUCUGAAAGUAUUCUCGAUGAAAUUGAUGAAGGCCAGCCCAAGCAAGGCGAUCCACAUGAUUACGUGCAUCCUUCCCUGAGGAAGAUGCAUGCUGCUGGAUACCAAGGCACAUUUCUCAAAGCCUACAACCUGCUCACCAAAAUUGCCGCUGCAAUUGGCUGGGAUCAAUUGCUGAAGACCCGCAGCGAGGUGUUUGUGAUGGAAGAGGAAUAUCGUGUGGAGCGACAACAUGUCUCCAAGCCGGCACAAUCGCUCGAGGCUGAAAUGAACGGAGCGCCGGUAAAAAGUGCGGAAGAAAGCGGCGACGAGGACUCCAGCUCCGUGUCGGGCCCCAACCACGCCGACCCGGCCCACGACCCGGCCAUCAACAAAAAGGAGGACGAAACGCCGAUCGAGAGACCUGAGCAAAGUAUGGCUUCCGAGGUGGUGAAGUCGGGCAACGAUGAUUCCGACCCGUCACACACCUCUUACACGCAAUUCUCCAAUAAGCGACUCUGCGAGCGGUGGUUGGAUAACCUUUUCAUGGUGCUCUAUGAAGACCUUCGCAUUUACACCAUCUGGCGAACGGAAAUGGCACAGUUCCGUCAACAAGCCAUGGAGUAUAAAAAGUCCGCGACUGAAUGGGAGAUUCUGGGUGAGCUCGCAGAGCGAUUGCACCACUUCGAUGAGAGCAUUGAGGCCUACCAGAGCUGUUUGGCCAUCAGGUUCUCGCCCAAGGCAAUGCGUGGACUUCUCAAACUAUACGAAAAACGAAACGACACGCGAGGAAUGCUGGGUGCUUUAAUUCGUUUGAUUGCAUGGCAGUACCGUUGGUACUCUGAGUUUUCACCGGAGCUUCUGUACUGUGUUCGUAAGCUGAUUGAAGAUGAAGGGGCAGUGAAGGUUCGGAGCAUUGUGCAAGCCACCAACUUGCCCCAACCGGUGCUUGACCUCACACAUCAGUAUUGUCAGCUGUGUGCGACCUUCCGCAGCAGUGGUAGCGAUGCUUAA